GGACAGUCACUUCCGCGUUGAAGAAGCAUGAUGUUAACUGUGAGGGCUAUAACAGGGUUAACAGCGGCGAUAAGUGUACAGGAUUUGAGAUGUCAGAUGUUUAGAUCAGUGCGUGUCACUAAAUGUUAUAAUGCACAAAGUCUCGCCUGUUUCACAAGUUCAGCGCAUACAUGUGCAGUGCUGUCACAUAGAGGGACCAACACACUGUUUAGGACGUGCAAGACGGCACCAUGUGUGUUCCCUGUGAACAUAAGGACACUGUCCACUCUACCUCCACCACCCUCAUCUGGCCGGGACAAAUCUAGCAACAAGAAGACUGGUCCAGUUACAUGGAAAUCCCUUGCUAUUACAUGUGCGUUGGGAGGAGGUCUUCUUCUCGGCAUGAAAUACUUCAAGAGAGAAAAAGAGGAAAUGAUUGAAAGAGAAAGAACCAAGUCGAUAGGAAAACCAGCACUUGGAGGGCCAUUCUCACUUGUGGACCACAACAAUAAACCCACGAAGAGUGAAGAUUUCCUCGGCCAAUGGGUGCUGAUCUAUUUUGGGUUCACACACUGUCCAGACAUCUGUCCUGAUGAACUGGAGAAAAUGAUUGAGGUCGUUGAUGAGAUUGAUAGAAUUAAGACACUCCCAGAUUUAACACCAAUUCUCAUCACAAUUGAUCCUGAUAGAGACACACCAGAGGCCAUGUCAGCAUAUGUCAAAGAGUUUUCCCCCAAGCUGAUCGGCUUGACAGGAACAGUUGCCCAAAUUGAACAAGUGUCCAGAGCUUACAGAGUGUACUACAGCCAGGGCCCAAAGGAUGAAGACAAUGACUACAUAGUUGAUCACACCAUCAUAAUGUACCUGGUGGGGCCGGAUGGGCAAUUUCUGGAGUAUUUUGGACAGAAUAAGAAAUCUUCUGAGAUCUCGGCAUCCAUUGCAUCCCACAUGAGGAUGUACAAACAUGGAAAAUAAACUGCUGUGGCACUGACUCUCUCAUUGAAGAUGUUGAGUGGUCAAAGGGAACUUAUUCCUUAUUUCUGACAUUUCCCUACAGAAUCUCUCAGACAAAGGGAAAUGCUUUAAUUUCUCUGAGAAAUAGUUUAUAUUUAUUUAAAAUGCAACUCUGACUUAAGAAAUCAGAGCAUUUGUGUAUCAUUUACCAUGACUUGUGCAUCAUUCUCCAUUUCAAUGCAGUACUUUUAAAUCACAGUACUGUACAAUCAUUGACCUUUGUUUUUUAAUUUCUGUAAACAAUGAUGACAUUUAAAGGCUUCAGUAAAUUACAAUGUUGUGUUUUUCAUCUUUUUAAUACAUUGUUGAUGCAUGGUGUGGCAUUAUUUUAUGUAAAAAUCACAAAUUAUUCUGAGGGAAUUUUACGCAAUUGAAUAAUGAGUGUUCCGUUUCAUUCCUCCUGACCGCCAGAGGCAGUGUUAAGCACUAGUGGAUUAUCGCUGCCCCAACCAGAUAGGACGAGAGAAUAUACCAACAAAAUCAGGUCUUUACUUGGGCUGAGCUCUGAAGGUAUCCACCUUAUUUUUCAACGUAACUAGGGUGCUGCUGCUAUCCACCUUAUUUUUCAACGUAACUAGGGUGCCGCCGGUAUCCACCUUAUUUUUCAACGUAACUAGGGUGCCGCCAGUAUACACCUUGAAUGUGGACCUUUUCCGAUAUAAGCCAAUUCCAGCUAUUUUAGCGAUACAAAAAUACUACAUUAUGCUGCUUUAUAUUGAAGGCUGGCAAUAUACACUUACUGACCACUUUAUUAGGUACACCCGUAAACCUACUUAUUCAUACAAUUAUCUAAUCAGCCAAUUGUGUGGCAGCAGUGCAUAAAAUCAUGCAGAUACAGGUCAGGAGCUUCAGUUAAUGUUCAUAUCAAUCAUCAGAAUGGGUAAAAAAUGUGAUCUCAGUGAUUUGGAGCGUGGCAUGAUUGGUGGUGUCAGACGGGCUGGUUUGAGUAUUUCUGUAACUGCUGAUCUCCUGGGAUUUUCAUGCACAACAGUCACUAGAGUUUACUCAGAAUGUUGUGAAAAAAAAAAACAUGCAGUGAGCAGCAGUUCUGCAGACAGAAACGCCUUGUUGAUGCGAGAGGUCAACAGAAUGGCCAGACUGUAUGGAGCUGACAGAAAGGCUAUGGUAACUCAGAUAACCACUCUGUACAAUUGUAGUGAGCAGAAUAGCAUCUCAGAAUGCACAACAUUUCGAACAUUGAGGCGGUUGGGCUACAACAGCAAAAGACUGUCAGGCACUUUAUUAGGACCAAAGACUUUUGGAAAAUUUUGAGGUUUCUCUGUGAUCCUGAAUUUAUUUUUAUUGGACCUUCACAUAUGAGAAUGAAUUGCAGAUUCUUGUAUAUAAAAUGACAUUACAAAGAGUGAAGAGAACAUUUCACAGAGAGAACAAAAUAAAAUAAUGCAUCAUAGUUAAACUCAUUAAAAGUAUGAUAAAUAACAGAAAAGUGAAUUUAGUUGUGAAAUGUCUAGAAAAUGUCCAGAAUAAUUAAUUUGUCACUUGGUUUGACAUUUUGUAUCUACUGCAGUGCUAUUGAUAAAGUUUUAAGUGUGACUUACAGUCUGUGUCUAAAUACUUUUUGGCUCACCUGUAUGUAUAGAGGAAAAAGAAGCCACAACUGAUCUCAAUAAAUGACCAGUUCAGCUGAAA